AAGUCAGUCGGAUGAACGGUCUCUGCAGGCCCGCUCAGCCGGCCCAGGUUUUUCCCGCGGGGGGAUAGCGAGGGGAUCCUUAUGCACAACCCCAUGAAAUGAACAAAGCUCCACAGCCCACAGGAGGAGCCCCGACAGCCCCGCACCCUGCCCCUUCUCCCGGACUGCCGCAGCCGACAUUCCCACCCGGUCAGACGGCACCUGUGGUUUUUAACCCGGCACCGACCUCACAAAUGAAUACGCCUUCUCAGCCGCGCCAGCAUUUCUACCAGAACAGGGCGCAGCCUCCCGCCAGCGCGUCCCGCGUGCAGAGUAACACGACGGCCCGUCCCGGCCCCCCUGCCCAUGUGUAUCCGGCUGCUUCCCAGGUGAUGAUGAUACCCUCCCAGAUAUCCUACACACCUUCCCAAGGAGCCUAUUACAUUCCCGGACAGGGUCGCUCCACGUACGUCGUCCCGACCCAACAGUACCCGGUCCAGCCCGGCGCCCCUAGUUUUUACCCUGGAGCCAGCCCCACAGAGUUCGGGACUUACGCGGGUGCUUAUUACCCGGCACAGGGGGUGCAGCAGUUCCCAGCGGGGGUCCCUACCGCCCAGGUCAUUGUGAGCCAGCAGCCGCCGAUCCCCCCAAAACGAGAGCGCAAGACGAUCCGGAUACGAGACCCCAACCAAGGCGGCAAGGACAUCACUGAAGAAAUCAUGUCCGGAGCAAGGACCUCAUCCACCCCCACCCCUCCACAGGCUGGAAGCGGUUUGGAGCCCCAGGCCAACGGAGAGACCCCCCAUGUAGCAGUUAUUGUCCGGCCAGAUGACCGCCCGAAGCCGGCGCUGGUGGUGAGCAAGCCCGUCUCCCUGGAGCCCAGCAAGUCGGCGUCCCCGUCACCUCCCCCUCCCCUCAUCCCCGAGGUGGAGCCUGUGGUGCUCUCGGCCGUGACGCUGGUGCCAAUGGAGCCCCCCGUGGAUGCGGACACUAAAGUGGAGCUGGGCGAGGCGCCGCCCGACCCUCACAAGACGUUUAGCGCCAUCACUACAGUGCCAGGGGCUGCGGAGCUGCCCCUCGUGCCCGCACCAGAUAUGGACACGGUGGCUGCGGAGGAGGAGGAGGAGGAGGAGGAGGUCGCCAUUCCCCUCCCCCCCCCGCCGCCCCGGGAAGAGCCCUGCCCUGAGCCGGCUGCCGAGCCUGCUGCUGAGGCCAACGGGGUCUUAGAGGAGGUGCCCGAGCCGGUUCCUGAGGUGCCCGUGUGCCAGCCGGUGCCUGCGCUGGUGCCCGCGCCCGCCCUGGACUCCCCCAUCGCCCAGCCCGAAGAGCUGCCCCUGCCCAACGGGGUGGAGGGCACUGGCAAAGCAGAGCCGAGUGAGGAGCAGCCCGAGUCAGAUGUCAGCCCCAUCUCGGAGCCUGAGGAACCGGCCCAGCCCAGCACUCCUGCCUCCCCCCCGGCAGAGGAGGAGGAGGAAGAGGAGAGCGAAGGCCCGGGUGAGGCCCAGGAGCGGAGCUCAAGCCCGGCCCCUGCCCCUUCGCAGACCUCGGAGGCGACCGCGCAAGGGUAG